AUGCUGCCAAAAAAUUUAAGCCAUGUUUUUCAUUCAUCAAAACAAUUUGCAAAUGAUUUUAGCUCAUGUGUAUACGAUUAUGAAGAAGAAGAUAAAUGGCUUCAAGCUUGGGAUAAUAUGCUUAAUAAGUAUAUGCUUACUGAUAAUAAAUGGUGCAGUGGAAUUUUUGAAGUAAGAAAAAAAUGGGCUAUGGUAUACGGACGUCAUAUGUUUACAGCUGAUAUGAAGAGCACUCGACGGAGUGAAUCAAUGAAUAGUGUUUUAAAGAAAUACUUGGAUGCAAAAAAUAACUUUAUGCAUUUUUUUGAUAAUUAUAGCAGGUUGCUAUCAGAUAGACGGUAUGAUGAGUUGUUAAAAGAAUUUAAAAUGAGAGAAAGGGUUCCAGUUUUACAGGUUAAUGUUGAGAUGUUAAGGCAUGCUUCAAAAAUAUACACUCCUGCUAUAUAUAAAAUGUUCCAAGAUGAGUAUAUGAAGGUUUUGGAUUGUGUUAUGCACAGAGUUGACAAAUCUGAAUUUGUUACUAGUUACAAGGUUCAAUGUGGUAAAAAGGAUCAAGAGCACUUGGUUUCUUUAGAAAUGUCAACAAGAAUUGUUAAGUGUAGUUGUAUGAAAUUUACUUUUGUAGGAAUUUUAUGCGCGCAUGCUCUGAAAGUUCUUGAUAAGAAAAAUAUCAAGAUUUUUAUCACAUGA